AGAGCUGAGUUGCAGCUCUUUCCGUCUUCUCUCCUCAGCACCACGCAGCAUCCCAUUCUCAUCGCCACCUUGCGAUGACAGCGGCAACGCCGAAAUCAUCGACGGGACUGGCUUAUCCGCGAGUUCUAGGCUGGUCGCUGAAACAGCAUAUUGGAGGCGGUGGCUUCUCCAAAGUCUUUCGCGGCGUCAACCCUUCACACCCAUCGCAUAGCGUAGCUGCCGUCAAAGUCGUCUCACUGUUACGCAAUCCUCCACCCGAUCGUAGAGCGCUCCAGAAGGAGGUACAGAUCCAUGCUAUCCUCCGCCACUCACACAUUCUCGAGUUCCUCGGCGUCGAAGAGCGAGGCGUCAAGGCAGAAGAGCGCGGCAGAUACCUCCCUGGUGUAUACAUCGUCCUCGAGAUGGCAGGCGGUGGCGACCUAUUUGACAAGAUCACGCCAGACGUAGGCGUAGAGACGGACCUCGCCCACUUCUACUUCACUCAGCUCGUCGCUGGUCUCGAGUACAUUCACGGCCAGGGCGUAGCUCAUCGCGACAUCAAGCCAGAGAACAUGCUGCUCGACAAUUCUGGCAACCUCAAGAUUGCAGACUUUGGCCUCUGCUCCGUCUACAAGCACAAGGGGAGGGAGAGGGAGAUGCGCGGUGCUUGCGGCUCUCUGCCAUACAUUGCCCCUGAAAUGAACGGCAGGCCUUACCGUGGAGAGCCCGUCGAUGUCUGGUCGGCAGGGGUCGUCCUCUUUGCCCUCCUUGUAGGCAACACUCCUUGGGAUGAACCCACCGCCAGGGCGCCAGAGUACACCGCCUACCUGGACAAGACCAUCUUUGAGUACGACCCCUGGAACAGGAUCCCUGGUGAUGAGAUGUCUAUGCUCCGAGGCAUGAUGCACCCAGACCCUACAAAGCGACUCAGUCUCGAAGCCAUCAAGAGGCAUAGAUGGUACCAGCGAUCCAACAGCCUUCUGGAGGCCAAGAGCACCCAGUGCAACGACCCAGCAACACUGGCCGAACGUCUUCUGCAAGGCCUCAUCAUGAAUGGAGAGAUGGACUACGCAGCGCCUCUAACCGCCGACGAGAGGGCCAACCAGCUACAUUCGGACGGUGCACGCGCGGAUGUGCCAGAGACGGUUUCUUUCACUCAGCCAGAGGCCAUGCAGAGCAAGACGCUUCACCUCGGAGGCUCAUCAUCAGACGCCUACGGCCACUCGCUGCCCUCAUCAACUGCAGCUCCCCGCAACGUCAGACGAAGCGACUUUCUGGACAGUCUCAGUCAGCAACUCACAACGAGGCGCGAGAACUUUGCACAGAGCCAGAGCACCGCGAACAGGCCAACUACAGCUGCAAUGGACCUGCAGGGUAGUCAAUUCACGCAGGCGCUCAACUUCCUCACUCAGCCCUCGACUGCGCUCUCUCGCUCCACCCUGUCCCUCACGCCGAACCUCACUCGUUUCCUCUCGCACUCGUCGCCGCCCAUCGUCGCUCUCCGUCUCACGACCGUCUUCCACGCCAUGCGAAUCCAGAACAGUAUUGAACCGUUGGGCGACGCCAACGUCGAUGACGAGGACCGCGAUGCUGUGCCAGCUCCUCGCGAGGGCGACCAAGAGAUGGAGUUGGAUGGGGACGAGGCAGCGGGGCCGUCUACAGGCGCAGCUGCUAUGUCGCGCUCUUCGUCGGGCUCCGACGUGACGGCAGGGCCCAAUGGACCUGCAACAGCGGUAGGAACGGGUACAGAGGGGAGAGACAGCACGGCGCAAGUAGCUGGAGUGAGCGAGGGCGCCAAGGGCAUCCGUAUCCGCCUCGGCCUCAUGGAUAGUCGCAAGUGUCCCCUCAAGGGCGAGGUACGCAUCGAGCGGCUCCGUGCAUCAGGUGGUGAUGAGACUGGGCCCAUCUGCCUAGUGAUGAUGAGGCGAUCUCGAGGCAAUCCACUGGAGUGGCGUCGAGUCUUCGGCAAGGUGGUAAAGGACGCCGGAGUGAGAGAGUGUGUCUACGCCGAGGCGCCCUCGGGCACGGCGUAACGAUGACUACGAGGUAGCGAACGACGUGAUAUCACCAUGUAACAAUAGCCAUGACCAUUUUAGUGAGAUCGACUGUGCAUUGUGAUUGUGGUCAAGCAAGGGAGCAGCACGGCUGUGCUUCAAUCACCCUUUGCGCUUGGCUUUGGCCCCUG